UCGCACAUGAGGCCAAAUCAAGAUGGCGGCCAUGUGCCAUUUCGUAUGAAGACAUUUUUUAUCAAUAUUACAACUUUUAGAAGCAAUUGAUUUCUGCUUUUACUACAAUGUUCGGAGCAGAUAUGAGUCGAGCUGUUAUUAACUCAAGCCGUCGUGCUCAGGGCAUCACACGGGUCGUUUUAAAAGGAGCAUUAGAACCAAGUAGUGUAACGAGAAGUGCAAAUGCACGUUGUUUGUGGUUGAAGUCGAGUGGUGUUCCGACCUGUGCUGCAAGAACGCUAUGCAGUGAGGCUCUAUCAAGACACAGCACUGAAAGAAGUGAUAUAUACCUUGACAAUAUGAUUCAUCCAACAAGACUAAAGUCAGCUGAUUUCCAAACCCACAUUCUCAAACUUGCACAUCGAGCCGGCUCCAUCAUAGGGAAUGCAGAUCACUUGAUCCCAGCAUUCAUUCAUAAGUCAUACUUGGUGUCCAAUGGGGCAGAACUGAAGAAUAUAUACACCAGCAAUGACCAGCUAGCUCUGCUAGGGUUUCAGUUAACCAAGAGAUUCAUGACAGAACAUUUAUAUCAAGCAUAUCCCCAGUUCUCUGCCUUUCAGCUUUGGGAUUUACAAAAUGGUUUGAUGGAAAGAGUGGCAGACAGGUUUGCAUCAGAUGAUGAGUUCAUGGGACUUAUUGCAUUCCUUGGCCAAGACAAGAGCGCCAUGGCUUCCCACACUUUUGCUGCCUUGAUAGCGAUAAUUUACACAAAAGAGGGACCUGAGAAAGCUAAGGAGGCCAUAAAGACACUUUGCUUACCUGAACUGAGCCGAGAGGAUAUUAACAUGAUCGCUAAACUUCAGCAUCCUAAGUUUAUUCUAAAGUCCUUAACAGAAGCCUCAUCAUCAUCAGCUCCUGCUGCAAGGACGGAACUUUUAAGCACAGAGAAAAGUGAGAUGCCACUAGGUCGACGCCACAGAUACAGAGUUGGUGUGUUUUUAGAUGAUGAAUGUAUUGCUGAAGCAUCAGCCAGCACAUUAGAGAAAGCUGAGUCAAAGGCAUGUCUACUAGCUCUGCAUCAGAAGUUCAGCAGCCAACUCAAUGAGUUUAGCUUCUCCUAUGAAGCAGAGGGUCUCACCCUUGAGAGUGAAGUCUCCCUGGGUCUUAUCACCCCAGACCAGAGGGUUGUGGAGAUUGAUAAGGUUGAUGGCAGUUUGGGGUUCAACAUCAAAGGAGGCGAGAAAAAGAGACUGAAGAAUGAGCAAUGGCUGAUCUAUCGCUACUACUCCCCUGUCUUCAUAGUCAGCAUCACCCCUAACGGCCCGGCUGACAAGCACGGUGGCCUAAGACCAGGAGAUAUACUGCUGGCUGUUAAUGAUAGGAGUCUGGUUGGGCUGGAGCAUUCACAGGCGGUGCGCAUCCUCAAGUCUGUGUCAGGUACCGUGCGCCUCACAGUCAAGAAGUCAAGAGAAGUCCUUGUAACCGACGAAAUCGAGACCAAGUACAAAGCCAUGAGAACUCGCAAGUUUUUGGCCGAGCUGUCAUCGGAGGACUGGGCCGAGUGGCACAGGGCGCAGGCACAAAAAAAUCUAGCAAAAUAUGCGUCUGUCCUUAGCAACGAGUAGUUUCCAUAGCGACAACAUAUCUCCUUAGCAACGAAUAAUGUCUCCGGUAACAAGUAUUGUCAGAAAGUAGGUUUAAAAUGCUACUGCUAGAAUGUUUCGACUGAAGUCAUUUCAGUGGUACCAAGGAUUUCAAUUUAUUUUUCGAAAUCUAAAGGAUUAAUUGAUACUGUAAUUCCAAACUGGAAAAAUAACGGUCCCAUUUCGUCACACUGUUAAGAAACAAAUUAAACAACAAUUCUCAAGGGAAAA